AUGUGUCUGGCUGGGGCAACUUCUCUCUUAGUCCUGUCAGAGAAGCGUGUGGAGGAUUUACCGGAGCCAAUACCGGCUUACUGUGUCACCAUGGCAACUUCACUGACAGCCCGUGAGAUCCGGCAGAGGUUUAUUGACUUCUUUAAAGAAAACGGCCAUACGUAUGUCCACUCCUCAGCUACGGUCCCCCUGGUUGACCCCACUCUGCUGUUUGCCAAUGCUGGCAUGAAUCAGUUCAAGCCAAUUUUCCUUAAUACAAUUGACCCGUCUCACCCCAUGGCAAAGCUUAACCGGGCUGCCAACACACAGAAGUGCAUCCGUGCCGGAGGAAAGCACAAUGACCUCGAUGAUGUGGGGAAAGAUGUCUAUCAUCACACAUUCUUUGAAAUGCUGGGAUCUUGGUCUUUUGGCGAUUACUUCAAGGAAUUGGCAUGUAAACUUGCCCUUGAUUUGCUCACCAAGGAGUUUGGGAUUGACAUUGACCGACUGUAUGUCACAUAUUUUGGUGGCAACGAGGUAGCUGGUUUGGACCCUGAUCUGGAGUGUAAACAAAUAUGGCUGAACCUGGGUCUCCCAGAAAGCCGGAUCUUACCAGGGAGCAUGAAGGAUAAUUUCUGGGAGAUGGGGGAUACUGGCCCCUGUGGCCCCUGCAAUGAGAUGCAUUAUGACCGAAUUGGAGGGCGUGAUGCAGCCCAUCUGGUGAAUAUGGAUGAUCCCAAUGUUCUCGAGGUUUGGAACCUGGUGUUCAUUCAGUUUAACCGGGAGUCAGAUGGGACUCUCAAGCCUUUACCUAAGAAGAGCAUUGAUACAGGAAUGGGGCUGGAGAGGCUGGUGUCUGUGCUGCAGAACAAGAUGUCCAAUUAUGACACAGAUCUAUUUGUUCCAUACUUUGAAGCCAUCCAGAAGGGCACUGGUGCCAGGCCCUAUUCCGGAAAGGUUGGUGCAGAGGAUGAAGAUGGCAUAGAUAUGGCAUAUAGAGUGCUGGCAGACCAUGCCAGGACAAUCACUGUGGCACUUGCUGAUGGAGGACGACCAGAUAACACUGGACGAGGGUAUGUCCUGCGGCGUAUCCUGCGCCGUGCUGUACGGUACGCCCACGAGAAACUUGGUGCGCCAAAGGGAUUUUUCUCUACUCUGGUUGAUGUGGUUGUCCAGUCGCUGGGUGAUGCUUUUCCUGAGCUGAAGAAAGAUCCAGACCUGGUGAAAGACAUAAUCAAUGAAGAAGAAACUCAGUUCCUGAAAACCCUCAUCAGAGGCCGUCGCAUCCUGGACCGGAAGAUACAGAGCCUGGGGGACAACAAGGUUAUUCCUGGUGACACAGUAUGGUUGCUAUAUGACACAUACGGGUUUCCUGUGGAUCUGACGGGUCUCAUCGCUGAGGAACGGGGACUGAAAGUGGACAUGGAGAGUUUUGAAGAGGAAAGGAAAACUGCUCAGCUAAAGUCUCAAGGAAAGGGGAGUGGCGAUGAGGAUCUUCUGAUGUUGGACAUCUAUGCAAUUGAGGAAUUGCGUGCUCGUGGAGUGCAGCCAACAGAUUAUUACCCCAAAUAUUCCUAA